UCCUUCGGCGCGCCACUGAAGAUCCUGGUGUCGCCAUGGGCCGCCGCCCCGCCCGGUGUUACCGGUAUUGUAAGAACAAGCCGUAUCCAAAGUCUCGCUUCUGCAGAGGUGUCCCUGAUGCCAAGAUCCGCAUCUUUGACCUGGGGCGGAAGAAGGCAAAAGUGGAUGAGUUCCCACUAUGUGGCCACAUGGUGUCAGAUGAAUACGAGCAGCUCUCCUCUGAAGCCCUGGAGGCUGCCCGUAUUUGUGCCAACAAGUACAUGGUGAAAAGCUGUGGCAAAGAUGGUUUUCACAUCCGAGUGCGGCUCCAUCCCUUCCAUGUCAUCCGUAUCAACAAGAUGUUGUCCUGUGCUGGAGCUGACAGGCUGCAGACAGGUAUGCGGGGUGCCUUUGGAAAGCCCCAGGGCACAGUAGCCAGGGUCCACAUUGGCCAAGUCAUCAUGUCCAUCCGUACCAAGCUGCAGAACAAGGAGCAUGUGAUUGAGGCCCUACGCAGGGCCAAGUUCAAGUUCCCUGGCCGCCAGAAGAUCCACAUCUCCAAGAAGUGGGGCUUUACUAAGUUUAAUGCGGAUGAAUUUGAAGACAUGGUGGCUGAAAAGCGGCUUAUCCCAGAUGGCUGUGGGGUCAAAUACAUCCCUAAUCGUGGCCCCUUGGACAAAUGGAGGGCUCUGCACUCAUGAGAACCUCGGCACUGCCCCCCCCGACUCAUGCACACCAAUAAAACCUACUUCCUGUC